AUGGGAACCAGUGGACUUAUUGGAGAAGUGUUAAGCUGUGGAUGGAAACAAACAAACGCUAAAGCCAAAAUGGGGGACGAUUCAGAGAAUCAGCUUGAGGUUGAUCCGGAGGACUUGGUGGUCGAAGGAUGCCGGAUGCCGGUGAAAAUGGCCAGUGCAAAUGAGUGGCCGCUGGCUGAAAUACUGAGUCGAAAGGAGGUGGAGAACCGAACCAUAUACUAUGUUCACUUCAUCGAUUAUAACAAGCGGCUUGACGAAUGGGUGGAGCGAGAUCGUCUGAACCUUGACAAGAUGCAGCUACCCAAGAAAGAUGCCAAGACGCCAGUCAAAGACAGCAGCGUCAGCAAAGGAAACUGCUCCUCCAAUUCAAGAGCAUCUUCUCCCGAAAGAGAGAUCACUAACGGCGGAGGAGGACUGAAUUUGAUGCAGCGCAACAAGGCAGCCAUAGGCCGUAAGCGCAAGCUACCCAUGAACGAGGCAGGAGCACCAGCGUCUCAGCAGCAGAUGACGGGCAUACCAGUGAUUGACAACCCUUCGUCACCGGUCUCCACCCCGCUGUCGGUUUCCCCGACACAGCUGUCACAGGGCCAGAGUCUGGUGCCCAGUUUCUCUCAGCAGUCCUUGUCGGAGUAUUUCUCCCAGUCUUCCCAGUCCGAGCAGCAAAUCCCCCCAGCCCAUCAGCCCCGUCAGACAGGUAGCAUGGCCACGGACAAGACCCACGAUGACAUCAUCACCAGGAUGAAGAACAUUAGCAUGAUAGAGCUGGGCCGUCACCGCAUCCGACCCUGGUACUUCUCUCCCUACCCCAUCGAGCUGACUGUGACCCCUAUCAUCUACCUCUGUGAGUUCUGCCUCAAGUAUGUCAAGAGCACAAAGUGCUUAGAAAGACACAAGGCCAAAUGUAACUUGAGGCAUCCACCAGGCAAUGAGAUCUACCGUAAGGGCAACGUCUCAUUCUUUGAAAUUGAUGGUCGGAAAAAUAAGUCCUAUUCACAGAAGCUCUGUCUACUAGCCAAGUUGUUUCUAGACCACAAGACGCUGUACUACGACACAGACCCGUUUCUCUUCUACGUCAUGACAGAGUAUGAUAACAGGGGCUUCCACAUAGUGGGCUACUUCUCUAAGGAGAAAGAAUCAACGGAGGACUACAAUGUAGCGUGCAUUCUGUCAUUACCGCCAUACCAGAGAAAAGGCUUUGGCAAACUCUUGAUUGAAUUCAGCUACGUGCUUUCACAGUUUGAAGGAAAGACUGGUUCCCCAGAGAAGCCUCUGUCUGAUCUAGGGCUUCUGUCAUACCGUAGCUAUUGGUCCCAGACCAUCCUGGAAACUGUCCUCAAACUACAGAAGUCAGCCGAUGGAGAGAGGCCACAAAUCACCAUCAAUGAGAUCUGUGAGACGACCAGCAUCCGCAAGGAGGAUGUGAUCUCCACGCUGCAGCACCUGAAUCUGAUCAACUACUACAAGGGUCAGUACAUCAUCACCCUGUCACCCGAAGUCAUAGAGGGACAUGAGAAGGCCAUGGCCAAACGGAAAAUCCGCAUCGAUCCCAAAUGCUUGCACUGGAACCCCAAGGACUGGUCCAAGAGGGGCAAGUGGUGACAGUUCUGAGGAGCUCAGCAAGAAACAAGUUUUAAGGGUUGUGAUGCGACUAGGGCUGUGGAGCGGAACUGGGUACCUGAGAACCUGAGAACCCGACCGUUUAUGUCAGGAACUGGUUCCAGAUUAUGGAAUCGGGUACCAGCAGCCAACUGCCAAGUAACUUCUCAGACAAAUAAAAAGAAAUGUUUCGAAUGUCAUGCGUGAAGGAUUUCAAAAAUGAAAACCAGGCUACAUGGGAGAACAAAGCAUGUUUCACAUUUAUGAGGCUUGUGAAAGUUGCAAUUUACACUGUAAAGCUGUAAGCUCACUGUACACACUUGUAUCUUGCUGUAUUGGUGCACCAAUGUGGCAGUAUGACCGUGCGGACCUUUAUGAACAAUCUAAAUAGCAACUUCCGAGAUUUGAAUUUUGGGUUGGGCUUCUUUCACGGGUUCCCAGGUACCCGUACUACCCGUAAAUGCACACACCUAGAUGUGACUAACUUUGCUAGAAGGCUUGAUGAUUGGACUACGCUACGUAGCAGGGUCUCUAAAGCCGCAAUUAAUCAUUUAGUACGGCUGGAAGCGUUGACAUACAAAUAAUCCAGAAAAUGAGAUUCAUAUAAUGUCUUAUCUUGAAAGGUUGUAAUUUCUCAGUGUUGGCCUUUUUGGGUUCUUAGAAGUCGUUGGCCCAAUAUGUUUCAAUUUGUGCUCUUUCUAGCCCAAUAAAUAAAUUCCACUUCAAGUGGAAGAUCAUUGCAGUCUAAAAUUUCAAUUUAUUGUUUCACCAUGAAGUUAAUGGUCCCUUAAGCAUGAAAUCCAUGUAUUUGUGAUAUUUGUUUUGGUCCCUUAAGCCCUUGGGCUUAAGCAUCACAAACAUCACAACAGAGUGGGUUUUUUAGGUUAUACUGUCAGAAGUCACCAAACUCUGUUUCUGAUUCAAACCUGAUCUUAAAUUUUUACCUGCCUAACAGAUAUUAAAUACAAAUGCCUAAAAGGUUCAAUUAAUGUACGAAUGUGAUAAAGCACCAAACAAGUUUCACAGUUUUGAUCUGCAUUUUGAUGAACUAGGUCAUGGAUUUUCAUAAUUUGGUCAUG